AUGAAAUCCGCAACGAAUAAGAACUCAACAGCAACGGCACCAAAGAAACCCGUAACAAGUACAUGGAAAUUUGGAAAUAUUUUCGCCAAAAGCAAUAACUCAACACUCAAGAAGGAAGACACAAUUAAAAAUAGCACAACCGGUACCAAGGAAACCCUUCACUGGACUGAAAAAGUGAAGGGGCUCAAUGCAAAUGAUAGAAUGAAAGUCAUGGAAACGGAGCUGAGAACUCUUGAAGACGAGCUUAGGGAUAAGAGGGAAACAAUUAAAUGUCUUCGAGAACUUGGCUCCGGUUUUAGUUUAAUAUCUUCAGCUGCUGAUUUCCACAAAAUAAAGGACAAAGAGUGCCGACAACUCAUCGAGGACACACAAGCUCUCUACCGUGAAUUGGAUGAUUUUAAUCAAACUGUCAUCUCUGACGUCAACUCAAGAUGCGACUCACCAGUCCCUCCUGUUGCCGAGCUGAUGCCCUUAUCAAAUGGAGACAGCAACGGUGGACCGUUUUCAUCCCGACACUAUCAAGGCAACAAGAGCGACGCCUUGAUCGGGCCUGCUUUUGUUACUAAAAACAACUCAAAACUAGCUAAUAUUCGAUGGAAUUGGGGAGAGCAUAAUCUCCGGAUCGUUGAGUUGACCAAUCGUUUGAGGAUCGCAUAUAACUAUAUCAAGGGGCUGGAAGGCGGAGAUUCAAUUGCAGUUAAAAAUAUUCCAACGACUGAAAGAACUCCAGGUCAAAAGGAAAGGCAUGCUCCGGCACUGUGGCAUGUUCCAGAGGGAAAAGGCGUGGACGAAGGACAUAAGAGUAUGCUCCUUGCUAUGGCUGGAAGUGCCAUAAGCGACUCCGAUGAAGAUAUUUACAAGGCAACUCCAGCGAAGUCCUUCUAUGAACCACCAUCUCAAAUUGAUAAGGCGCCCGUUUCCACAAUGAUGAUAGGAAACAACUAUAGCAGCACUUAUGAUAAUGGGCAACAACCGGACUGGUUGGGUAAUGACGGAGAAAUCCAAAUCAAACCAGUUCAAGCCGUUUUUAUCAACUCACUGCAUGGCAAAUUGGAGAAGAUUAAUGAAAGUUAUAAAAACAAUUCUUAUGAAAACUCGAUUGGUGAGCCCAAAAUUGUUCCCAGUACUGCAAAGUCCAAAAAUCAAUCAACGUCGCAAUUCGUUUCACAAAAUGCUCCCACUACAAGGCCACAAGUAAACGAAUCUGACGUUUCUGAUACUGAGGAGUUUGGCAAAAUAUCAAGUCCGGGGCACAAGGCUUAUAAUUGGUCGAAUUAUACUGCCCAAUCAUCUUAUGCAACGUCAUCUACCAAUAAUAGACAAGCUCAAAACACAUCUGGAAUGACAAAUCCUUUCAGUUACCACAAUGAACAAGGAACUUUGAGCUAUUCGAAUGACUCAGAUGUGGAUUGA